UUCAAAGAAACACGGCAACCGGAGGACGGCGUGCUCUUGUUUUGUUCAGCUGCAUCGCGCUGGACCAAUCACGCGCAACGUUACUUUAGGUCAACAGAUCCUAGCGCGUCACUGACCAGGUUUUGAUACAGAAAUCACACUGUUGGUCUGCGUACUGUGUAUCUCGUGGUUAUUGUAGAUGCAAACCUUUUCCUUGUGUUUAAUUUAAAUAGCCGACAGUGCGGAUUUUCCGUCCGCCACUAGGAAUAGAAAACAGGGAGGAACGACACAUUUUGGAUUCCAAUUGUUACCCUAUACAUGAAUCGGUGCUCGUUAUACCUUUCACACAUUUGGACCCAGAUCAUUAGCGGGUGGGUCUCCAUCUCUGGUUGUUUACAUCUCUGAUCAUGUCAGAGAGAAGUGGCGAGGAGAAUUUACAGGGCUCCUGGGUGGAGCUGCACUUCAACAGCAGCCCUGCCGGGGGCGCCGCAACACAACCAGCCAACAGCCAGGAGGCAGAGAAGGAGGAUGCUCCAGAGUCUACCCAGGGAGAGGAGCUCAUCUCCGGGUCUGCUGAAACAGAUGAGAGGGUCCCUGGUUCUCCCCUGGAUGGGGAGCCAGCGUCUGGGUCUAUCCUGACACUGGACGGGGAAAACGAUUCUGGGUCUAUCCAGGGAGGAGAGCAGGUUCCAGGGUUGGACCAGGCUGAUACCCAGGCUGCUAGCCAGGGUCUGGACCUGGAGAAGAUGUUGCUGGAAGCCCAGCACGAGUCUGGCCGGAGCAGCUCCAGGGGUAGUGUGCCAUGUGACAGUCCACCAAGAUCCCAGACUCCUUUGCACCUGCGUCGUGGCUCUGAGGUGCCUAGUUCUGCUGAGAAAAAUAGCUCACAGUCUGAGGAAGACUACUUGGACCGAAGGCGUGAGGUGGAGAACCUGAUGAAGAAGAACGCAGACUGGAUCUGGGAUUGGUCCAGCCGGCCAGAAAAUCUCCCACCUAAAGAGUUCCUGUUGAAGCAUCCUAAACGCGCCACGCCCCUGAGCAUCAGGAACACGCGUGUGAUGAAGAAAGGAGGGAUCUUCUCAGCAGACUUCGUCAAGGUCUUCCUGCCCUCCCUGCUCCUGUCUCACAUCCUUGCCAUCGGCCUGGGGGUGUACAUUGGCAGGCGACUGGCCCCUCCCUCCAGCUCCUUCUGAACCUGAUACUGAUCGGAGGAACCGUCGUGGUCACCUUCCUCACCGCCGUCAUCAUCAUCACCGCUGCUGGGCUACAAGUGAUGCUUCCUAGAUGCAUAGGUGCUUCCGUCCUGUGACCUGUUUCUGUCCUGCUGGGAUUGUUCCUACUGUCUGCUGCUGUCCAUCACUGUCUGACUGGUUUACCAUCUAGCUCACUGACUGACUGGUUCACUGACUGACUAGUUUACCAUCUGACCUACUGACCCACAAUCUGGAUCACUGACUGACUGGUUUACUGACUGAUUGUCUGGCCUGCUGGCUGACUGAUGUAUUGUCUGACUGGGGCUCAGGUCUCAGAUGUGUGAGAUGGAAGAGGAAUGGGGGAAACAUUAGACAAGUGCAUGAUGGGAUGUCAGUUGGUUCUGCCGGUGAGAUGGGAUGGAGAACGGUGUCCGGGAGUUGUAGAGGGAGCUGGGCUGAAGCCGAGAUCAGAAGAGCCUUAUCUGUUUCAGAGUCGAAAGCUAAAAAUAGCUGCAGAACCACAAAUGUGUUGGUCAUUAAUAUAUACACUGUAUGUGUACCGUUAUGUAUUUUGUAUCUGUAUAUAAUGUUGAAUGAGCCCUCAAGGAUGCACACAAGAGCAGGGGGGGGGAGAGAGGGGUUAGACCAGGGGUCCCCAAACAUUUUUCUGCGAGGGCCAGAUUAUUUUUCCUUUCUUAAAUGUGGGGCCGGGUCGGUCUGUAACAGGAAAUUACAUGGCCGGGGUGACUACCAGUAUUAUUGUGGAGAUUUUAUUAUGAUUUUAAAUGUUUUCAUUAUGAUAGAUUAGUUUAUCAUUUGAUUAUGCAACGUACAUCCGUACAUAUCAAGGGAUAUCCUAUUAAAAGAGCAUUAUUACUAUCGUUCUUGUAAUUACCUUUUUUCAUAUUCAUUGCUAAUGAAAUCAAAACAUUUACUUAGUUCAGCAUAUUAAUCAGUGUGAACUAAUUAUUAUUAUUAUUUUUUA